AGCUUAGCACCUCCUCCUGGUUUUCAUUUGUGUGAAGAUCAGACCACCUCAUAAAGCCCCUGAUAAAUGCUGCAAGCUCCAGGGCUGGCUGCUGUCUCCUGCCUAUGGUGCUGAACUGAGACAGACAUGAAGGAGAUCCUGACUCUUCUACUGAGCUGCAUCACCUGUAGAGGGCAGGGGAUUGAGAGCAGCCUUCCUGUACAGGACUGUGCCCUGCUCUCUGCCCAUGGACAUCUCACCCAGCACCAGGUGACAGAUGGCAAGGAAUUGGUGAUCUCUACAUGGGACACCAGGAGACAACUGGUAUCAUGCUCUGUGGAGGAGGAUGAAGGGGCUGUAAAUUCUUUCCUAACCCAAUGCAUCAGGCAAGAUGAUGAGUUGUACAGUAGCUAUGGAGGCUUUGCUGAAGCCAGAAUGGCAUGCUUCUAUUUUCUGCAAUCAAGGAGAACACAAGCAAAUGAUCACCAUGCAAGAGUCAAGAGAGGCUUUACCUACCCAGGAACCCUGUGGUGCGGAGCUGGGAAUAAUGCAGAAAAAGAAACUGAUCUAGGUGAACACAGAGAAACAGACUCAUGCUGCAGGACACACGACCACUGUGAGCAUGUCAUCCACUCCUUAACCUCCAACUAUGGCCACUGGAACCUCCGCUGGCACACCAUCAGUCACUGCCAGUGUGACAACAAGUUUAAGGAAUGCCUUCGAGGAGUCAAUGAUACAGUAUCCCGCGUGGUGGGGCAGGCUUUCUUCAAUGUCAUUAAGGUGCAGUGCUUUGAGUUAACCUACAAGCAGCAUUGUGCAAAAAGGACAUGGUAUGGAUGGUGUGAGGAGUAUGUGAAUAUGACUGUGGCUGUUCCAAUGGACUCAGGCCUGUAUGAUUAUGGAGGAAAUCUCAUUGACAAGCCACCUCUAACAAAGGAAAUACAUGCCACUAAGCCACCAUCAGCAGACCCAUCACCUGAGCCACCAACUCUGGGACAAGUCAUGAAAGCUACUGAAGACCUGUUGAAGAUCAUGAUGACAAUAAGUCCAGGCACCUCACCCAACCAGUCCAAAGUAGAUGAUGAUAGUGAUGGCAAGAAAAAGAAAGACAAAACAAAGAAGAAAGAAAGGAAGAAUAAAAAGGGAAAAGGCCUCAAGGGUAAAAGGAAAAAUCAGUUUAAAAAGGAGAAUGUUGACUCUCCAGCCAAAGAAAUAUGGGGUAAGAGCACUGAAAAAGAUGAGAAGGCCGUGCCAGAGAACCAGCCACUUGACAUCUUGGAUGGGGAACCUAAACAGGAUCCAUUCAAUGAUGUCCUUAAUGAUGAGCCGAUCAGAAACAAUGGAGCUAAAGCACCUACACCAUUGACGCCCACCUACAAAAUGGAAGAACUAAAAGCUAAGGUAACAUCGCCUCCACCAGAAUCAAGACCUUGCACCAGGAAACCUCAAAGGAAAAACUGGCAAGAACGAAAGGGGAGACGAGAGCGGAAGAAGAAACCUAAGACACAGUCUUGUGGUCCUUCAAACACACAGUGAACAUUGUCUUGUUCAUUCUUAUGAUGUUAUAUAUCAGUAUACAAAUGUUGGUAAAUAGGCUACAUUCCUGGGAAGUGUGCAAAAAUAAUGACUAUAACCACUUUGCUGCUAAAUAUUUGGCCAUAAUCAAUACGUUAUUUGUUUUGUAUCACAUAAGAGAGAAUACAAUCUGUUGUGUG